AUGGAAACAGGAGAAGCAAGGCAUGCCCAAUGGUGUCAUUAUGGGACGUUAGCACGGAUGCAGACUUCAUGGACCACUUCAAACCCAAGGCGGAUAUUUCUAGUUUGCCCAAAGUUAAAGGGAAGUGGUGAAAAAGGAUGUAGGUUUUUUCAGUGGUUUGAUGCAAAAAUGUGUGAGCAUUUAAAGUCUCUGAUACCUGGUUUGCUGUGGAAGAUUGAUAGGGUAGAGAAGGAAAAUGCAAAGAUUCGAGCAAAGUCAAAAAUAUUGGGAGCUACUAUGUUGCUUUCUUGGUUGGUGGUGUUUGCCAUGAAGAUGAAUUAG